UUCUUCGUUUUCAUAGGCUGCCCCAGAACAAAUAAGGUACGAUUCUGUGGCAAGACCUGCUCGACUGACGGAGAUUGCCGAGGAAAUAGAACAUGUUUAUGUGAUGGAGACUGUGGAAUGAUUUGCGUUAAAAACAACCUCAGAUGUGAAAACUUACCUAAGGUAAAAAAUGGUCGUUUUAGCUUCAGCAACGGCAGCUACUUUCGCAGCGUGUUGACAUAUGAGUGUAAGAAAGGGUAUAGACUCCGCGGCUCGGUAGAACGAACUUGUAGAGCCACAGGAAAAUGGGAUGGAGCGAAAGCGAGAUGCAGAACCUUGUGUCAGAAUCCAGGACAUAUCUCUUUUGGAAACAGACGAAUUGAACGUAUUAAGGGUGUGAAGUAUAUUCAUUUCUGGUGUUUUGAUGAAGACAUGUUUAAAAUGGUAGGAACUCCUCGAAUACGGUGCCAGGAAAACGGACAAUGGAGUGCUCCAAAGCCAAAAUGCAUUCAUUCACCUCCCUUAUGUGACAAGCCGAACAUCCCAGACGAAGCUGCUGUUAUCUACCCUCGGUCAAUGGAUAGGGAAUUCAAAUACGGUGACAGAGUGCUAUUGAAAUGCAAGGAAGGAUAUUUUAAGUCAGGACUUGGUGUUUACCAAUGUAAGAAAGGUAACACAUGGAGUGGAGACAUCACUUGCUCACCUAAAAACUGUGGCCGCCCAAACGAUAUCCCUAACGGAAAGAUCAUAGGAUACGUAUAUUCCUUUAAAGAAAAGAUCAGAUACGAGUGCAAUGAAGGCUACAAUCUUAAAGGACCAUCUUAUAGAACAUGCCAGGCUAACGAGAAAUGGGGCGAUAAAGACCCUAUUUGUGAAGUUGUGGAUUGUGGCCCCUUACAAAAGCCAGAUCAUGGAGAUAUAAUAGAGCAAGUAGCGUUUACCUAUGGAAAUAGAAUAGUGUUCGACUGCACAGAGACGGGUUAUGAAAUGAAAGGAUCAAGAGUAAGGACAUGCUUAGGUGAUGGAACAUGGAGUGGCUCUCUUACAACAUGCGAAGCACCAUGUGCUAGGCCCACCAUACCUGUGAAUGGCAAAAUAGUUGGAAAUAUCUUCAGUCAUGGAAAAUCUGUAAACUUUUACUGUGAUUCUGGCUAUAAAAGAGUUGGCGCCCGUUCGAUUAAAUGCGAUGAUGGUAAAUGGGAUAAGCCGUCUCCAGUCUGCAAAGGCAUUUGCUCAACACCGAGAGAUCCACAGAACGGAAAAUUGCAUCAGAAGGUGCCCCCAGAACGUUUCCUUGACGGAGAUGAAGCAAAAUUCUUUUGCAACAGCGGUUAUGACUUGAUUGGUAAAAAGAAACUUCGUUGUGUUGGAAAAGUGUGGGAUUCCAGCGAGCCUGAAUGUAAAGUGCAAGACUGCAAACCCCCAACUAUUCCUAUAAACGCGAGGAUUUCAAAUCCGAGCAAUAAAUACCAUUCUGGUUAUAAAGUCACAUUCAAAUGUAAUGAAGGUUACAACCAAGAAGGGAUGGCGACUCAAAUGUGUUUCCUUGGUUCGUGGACCGUGCUGCCUUUCAAAUGUACAGGUGCGUGCAAUGCCUUCCUGGGAAAACACAACAAGAAAAUUCAAGACAGCAGCAUCACAGCAUCGUCGCAAUUAAGUCUAAACCAUGUCCCUUCCCUUGCGCGACUGGACAGUGUGCAGGGGGCCUGGUGCUCGGCUCCGACCGACAAUCUGCCCUACAUAGAAAUACUGCUGGGCGAGGAAAAGUUUCUUACUUUGAUUAAGACGCAGGGAAGCAAAAAGGACUUGAGAUGGGCAACGAAGUACGAAAUUCAAUACCAGAAGGAUGGACAAUGGAUCGUUUACAGGAAAACGGACGGAACUCAGGAGAGUGUUUCAUUAGUAUAA